UCGUGUAAAGGGACUCUGACUCUCUGGCAGGCAGAGCGACUCUGACUCGGAUUCGGACUCCGAGAGCUCGACAGUGAAAGGUUUGUAAAGGUUCGAGAAUAACGCCAGCCCGGCUCGAACACCUACAGAACCAACAUGUAGACGCGGCUGUGGUGUUAUUGAUUAGGUUUGUUUUGUCCGUAGUCCGGCUCCGGGUCGAUUUCUGACUGGACUGGCCAACUGGAGCAGGACAGCUAACCGAGCUUUAGCUCUGCUGGCGGACCGAGAGAAGUGGAGAAGCGGACUCGGACUGAGCCGGAGAGCUGGUGAACUAUGCUGGCCGGACACUCAGCGAAGAGACGGACCUUCCUGCAGUCGAAUCUGUCCGGCAGUUAUGCUUCAGGACGUCGUUUUGGCGGAAACGUUUCGGUUUAAUUCGCGUAACGUUGACGGUUAACGUAGGUCGACCUAGCUAGGUUAGCUAGCCUAACGUUAGCCUGCCUCGCACCAGAAGUUCAGAAACCGAAACCGAGCUCGGUAAAAUAGUCGCGGGAGUGGGUCAGGUUUAAGAACCUCUUAUUCCUGCUUCUUUCUGGACUCUAAGAGGGACAAAAGAUAGUAAAAAGUUGCUGCUACCGGUUGAUUUCGCCCCUGUGAACGUCGGACCCUCCGAGGAACAACACUACUCUACAAGUCUGUACUUGCAGACUCGCAGACUCGGUCUUGCGUACUUGGAGGCUCGCUAACUUCCCUAAAGUGCCUUCUGGGAGGUAAAACCUCCUAAUGUCGUCUCAAGUGUAGCUGAAGGGGGAAAAACGUCACCGCUGCCCUCAUUUACCUUACUGAAGCGAAGUUUUUCCUGUUUGGAGCAGCAGCUGUGUGUUGAUAGCCGACACAGUUCUGCGCAGAGCUCCAGCUUCCUGGUGUUGGACGUGAUCAAUCUCCAGUGAAGAAUGAGGCUGGGAUUUAACUGACAGCCAUGGGAGGAUGUGUGGGGAGAGAACGGCAGGAGUCCCGCGGACAGGGAUCGUCUCGAGGGGGAAGGAAUCAGAGAAAACGGGGAGCCCGUAAUGAACCCCUGAAGAAGGACAAACCCCGGUGGAAGAGUGACUACCCCAUGACGGAGGGCCAGCUCCGCAGUAAGAGGGACGAGUUCUGGGACACUGCUCCUGCGUUUGAAGGCCGGAAGGAGAUUUGGGACGCCCUGAAAGCGGCUGCUGUCGCGCUGGAAUGCAAUGACCAUGAUCUGGCUCAGGCUAUAGUCGAUGGAGCCAGUAUCACACUGCCACAUGGGUCUCUGACUGAGUGCUACGACGAGCUCGGCAACCGCUACCAGCUGCCCGUCUACUGCCUGGCGCCACCCGUCAACCUGAUCACCGAGCGCAGCGAGGAGGACCCGGUGGAGAAUGCCGAACCCCAAACGGCCUCCAAGAAGGAGUUCCAGCUGAAGGUCCGCCUCUCUACGGGCAAAGACCUGCGGCUCAACGCCAGCAUGGCCGACCCCAUUGGCCUGCUGAAGAAGCAGCUCCAGGCCCAGGAGGGCAUCGAAGUGGCCCACCAGCGCUGGUUCUUCUCAGGCAAGCUCCUCACGGACAAGACACGCCUGCAGGACACCAAGAUCCAGAAGGACUUCGUCAUCCAGGUCAUCGUGAACCAGCCGACGCCACCCAACCACUAAACCGAGCCAGGCUCGGAGCUCCGGACCAAAUCAACGUAGCUGUGGACGUAUCUCGCACAAGAUGUGUAGCUGUAUUUUUAUUUCUAUUUUUCUCCUCGUUUUUUAAAGGAAUAAAAAAGACAUUGCAGGGGAAUUCCACCAAAAUUUCUCCAUAAUUCAGUUGUAAA